AUGUCGUCCUACGGCUCGGUAUUGCCCACAGCGGCACGAGGAAUCCUCUCAGCAUGUCGGAGUCCGCUGCGAGAUACCUCAAUUGCCUCCGUUCUCUCGACUUUCCAGCAGGUCCGAGGUCUGAAGAACAAACCAAAGAAGGGGAAAGACCAGCCUACCAAGAGCCGCAAAGGACCCCAGGAGUACCGGCAAAUCAAUUUGAAGGAUAUGCCGCAGUAUUCUCUGUGUGAUGCUAUGCGAUAUAUCCGGGCCAUCGAAGUCGGUCGCGAACCCACUGUUCAAAAAUACGAGCUGCACAUCCGACUGCGGACAAAGCGCGACGGCCCUGUUAUCCGUAACAUGCUCCGAUUCCCCCACGCCGUCCAGACCGAAUCCCGCAUCUGUGUCAUCUGUCCUCCCGGUUCGAGAGCAGCCAAGGAAGCGCUUGCUGCAGGUGCCGUUCUUGUCGGUGAACAAGAAGUGUUUGACGCUGUCAAGGCAGGCACUAUUGAGUUCGAUCGCUGUCUCGCCCACCCGGACAGUUUGCCGGCCCUGAACAAGGCCGCGCUAGGUCGUAUCCUCGGUCCUCGCGGUUUGAUGCCCAGUGCGAAGACUGGUACCGUUGUGGAAGACGUGGCUUCGCGUGUGGAAAUGCUCCGUGGUGGUACUGUGUACCGUGAGCGUGAUGCCGUUAUCCGUCUACCUGUCGGGCAGUUGGCCUUCUCUCCGGAGCAAUUGCGCGACAACAUGCGCGUGACCCUUGAUCAAAUUAAGAAGGAUGCUUCCGCGUUGACCGACCGUGUUAACAAGGAGGUUUACGAGGUGGUACUGAGCUCGACGAACGGACCCGGCUUCUCACUCAACGGCGAGUUCCGCUCCGACAACUCCCCCCCAACCUCCGCCUUGACUGGCAUGUAA